AUGAGCAACUCAAGCUACCCUAGCAACUCGAGCAACUCGAGCAACCAGCAAAGCAACUUAGAUGCUUCCGACAACACAUCUGAUCUCCUUGUCGCUCUGAACGUCUACAUUCCGGUCCCCCUCACUCUGGCAGGAUGUGUCGCCAACGUGAUCAACAUCGCCGUGUUCUGUAGAAUGGACCGACAACAGACGAUCAACAUCAGUCUUCUUGCCAUGGCCGUCUCCGAUCUCCUGCGGCUGUUGGGGACUCUGUGGCGCUGUGUCUGCUUCCUCCCCGUGGUGGUUCAGUCCGACAAUCUGACGUUUGAGCCACUUGACAUGGCUAUGGGGAUUGGAGACGUUAUCCGGUUCGUUUUCUCACGAAUCACAGCCUGUCUGACUUUGUUGAUAUCCGCUGAACGAUGUCUAUGUAUACUUAUACCCUUGAAAGUAAAGACUCUCGUCACCAUUGGGAAAAUCAAAACUAUUGUUAUUGCUAUUUAUAUCUGCACAGUUGCAUCCAUGUCUUGGAUUUAUUAUUUUAAUAGAUUUGAGUGGGAAUAUUCCACAGAAAGAAACAAAACUGUCCUCAUCUUUAAACCAAACGAAGACGACAACGACAUCGAGAUGUCACUCAUCGUGGUGAACAAUGUACUGAUGCAGUACGUCAUAUCUAUCGGGAUCGGGAUCUUCACGGCGAUUCUCGUCACCAAAAUGAGACAACAGUCAAAAUGGCGGCUGUCCUCUAGCAAACAGGCGGCUUCUGAAGCUUCUGCCAGGCGGGACGACAAGGUUGCCAAAACGGUCACCGUCAUUUCCGUGACGUACCUAGUGUGUUAUUUCCCUAACACUGUCAACAUGAUGUGUAUGUACCUGGUUCCCGGGUACACUUUCUUCGGGCGAUACAGCGACCUGCUGGUUAAUAUAUCUGUGGCUGUCUACCUGUUUGAGAUCAUCAAUUCCUCGGUCAAUAUAUUCUUCUACUGGGAGUUAAGCACCCAGUUCCGCAAAGAAAUGAAGCGUUUGUUCGGGUGCGCCACAACACCUUAG